UCAUCGACUUCAGACUAUGAGAAUAAGUGUGUAUUGUGCAAUGUGUGUUUGUCUCAAUCAAUUUGUUGAGUUGUUAUAAUCUCGUACAUUUGUGCGAAUGUGCUCAUCGUGACUGAAAAGAAGACAUCUCUACGAGUUAUUAUUGACACAGGAACUGGUUCAUUCUCCAUUUUCUCGAUAGAUAGAACAGGAUUCUUAUCCUUCGCUUUGGUCUGUUAUGUCCUCAUUUGCACUUGUUAGGUUCUCAUCCACGAUCCUCGUCAGUGUAAACGUGACUUGUGUUCAUAAUUAAGUAUUUAAUGUGGUGCACAUCAAUGUCAUAUCAUGUUGAAUACGUGUCUGAAAAAUUAUCGCAAAUUAUGAGUUUUUGAUCAUUUUGAUAUUUUACUUGGAGACGAAAAUACGUGCUGAGUGUUUGUUGUUUCAAAGAACAAACCGAAAGAAUUAUGUCUAACAAUUUGCAGGGUGACGAGCCGGCAUCUUUAUUAGUUGGCACUGAAGUUAGUGCAAAAUACAAAGGAGCAUUCUGCGAAGCAAAAAUUAGCAGAGUGAUUCGACACGUAAAAUGUAAAGUGACUUUCAAAAAUGGUCUUGGAACUACUACUAUAGAAGAUACAGAAAUUAGUGGGACGAUUAAAGUUGGUGCUCUGGUAGAAGCUAACCAUCCGACAACCAAACAAUCUAGUGAAGCUAUAAUUAAUAAAAUUACUGAUGCUAGUCAGUACACAGUUGUUUUUGAUGAUGGUGACAUUACUACUUUGAGAAGAAGUGCUUUAUGCUUGAAAAGUGGCAGGCAUUUUAAUGAAAGUGAAACUUUAGAUCAAUUGCCCUUGACGCAUCCAGAACAUUUUGGUAAUCCUGUUAUUGGUGCUAGGGGCAGAGGUAGAAGGUCUAAGCCAACUCUAGAUGACAGUGAAGGUGAAGAUGACCCACAAUUGCAACUACAAGAUGACGAUGACAACAGCAAAAGUAACAAUGAUUCAAAUUUUGCCAAUAAAGAAGAUAAAGAAACACAACCUGAAGCUGGAAAGGUAGUUUGCAUUGAAGCUUUGGAAAAACAGAAAAAAAAAGAAAGUUGGUUUCCUGGAGUUAUUGUGGCUCCAAGUGCUCAAACAUCUAUUAGAUACGAUCAUGAAAGAGAAUAUCUAGUGAGAUCUUUCAAAGACGCUAGAUAUUAUUCUGUUCCUAAAGAUGAAGUUUUUGAUUUCACAAAAGAUAUAUGUAAUGAUGACAAAUUACCAGCUGCUAUAAAAGGAGCUAUUGAAAAAGCAUGGCUUUUUUUGGAACAAAAAGAACUGCCGCCGCACUGGGAUAAACACUCAAUAUUUGGAGACUCAGUAUCAUCAGAGAAUGAUGAUACUGAGAUUGAUCAACAAGAUGAGAAGUCAGACGAGGAAUCUCUUCAACAGAAUGAUCUUUUUAUAGCUCAUUUAUAUAAAUUUAUGGAUGAUUGCAAUACUCCACUGGAUAGAUAUCCUGACAUUGAAGGAGAAGAAGUUAAUUUCUACAAAUUAUACAAUGCUGUAUCAGGUCUUGGUGGCUAUGCCAAAGUUACUACCAGUAAUCUUUGGAAAAAAGUCACUCGAACUUUGAAACUUCGUGCUGGGUGUAGUGAAACUGCAUGUAAUCAAGUACAAAAAGUAUACAAAAAGUACCUUGCCAACUUUGAAGAUAUUCGCAAAAAAUUAGGAUGUACAAUGUUGACCCAAACUGGCACAAGUACUAGUACAAGAGGUGUUGGUCGUAAGCAAAAGUCAGCUAGAGGUUUAACCAAGGAUAAGGAUAGAAGUACACCUCCUCAAACGGAAAAAACACUAGUGAAAACUGAAAAAGAUGACGAAGAAAAAGAAAAAAAACCAUCUCAAACUAUUGAAGAAGAAAAAAAACGUGACGCAAAAAAAGAAACAGUAAUUAAAGAAGAGGAUGUACCACUUUCAAAAAUAAAAAAAAAGGAACAAGUGGAUGACAGUGCUAGUGGAGGAGAUAGUGAUAUAAAUAAUGAAGGAGAAGAAUCAUCCUGCAGUGAAAGAUCUCAAAAGAGUAUGUCCAGACUCACUCCAUGUAGUACCAUCUCAAAUAGAUCAAGAACUUCUCGUGAUACCAAAGAAACCAAGAGAAAACUGCCACAAGAUAAAAAAAAAAGUGAAGCUAGUAAACGUCAGGACAAAAAAGAAGAUAAAAGUAAAGAAGAAGAUAAUACUAAAACAAGAUCUAAAAUUGCAAAAGAUGAUUCCCAUGGCAAACUCCAAAAAACUAAUACUGAAGUCAGAGAAUCUCGAAUAACAACAUGUGAUACAGAUAAAAAACCAUUGGCUGGAAAACAAAAAAAAUUUACUGAUGAAGAGCUGAAGAAAAGAGGAAGAAAAAAGAAAGAGGUUGAAACUGGAAAAAACUUGCAAAGUCCAGAAGAAGAUUUGACUCAACAUUAUAAAGGGCCUGUUGCAAUUGGUGAUAGAUUGAAGGUCAUUUAUGGACCAAACCAAGAUCAAAAGAUCACUUAUGAAGCAAAAGUGGUUGAUAUAGAAAAUAACAUCCCUGAUAACCCUGCUUACCUUGUUCAUUACACAGGUUGGAAUACAAGAUAUGAUGAAUGGAUCAAAAUCGAUCGUAUUGCUGUUAAUUAUUCUCAGCAAGGAUCAGGACGUUCUAAAAAACCAAAUAAGGAUAAAAACACUCCACAGACUCGUCCACAGACACCAGGUUCAACUCCGAGAACUUCAAAAGUAUCUGCAAGUGCUAAUACAAGUAGUGUACCUGGUAUGAGUAGUCGCCGUCGCAUUCAAAAUGAUUCUUCAACUGCCAAUUCUAAUAAAGAUUCGCGGAAAGAUGAUCGGGAAACGACGCUAGCAACUACUCGAUCAGGCACACCGUCUCCGUUGAUAUCACGAACGAAAAGUCCCGCAUCUACUGGUAGACCGACUAGGAUGACGCGAAAUCUAACAGAGGUAAAUGAAGGGCGAGGAUCAAGAAAAAGGCUCGAAACCGACGAUUCAGAUUCCUCCGAUUCAGAUGGAAGUGAUUCACCGGUUAUCCCCAUCAAACCUCGUCGACGUAACUGUGAGACUCGUGAAGCAAGGAAGCGAGCUGAAAGUAGAAUGAAAGUUGAUGAAAAUAGUGAUAUUGACGAAGAUAAAGAAAUUGAAGAGCCUAGGAGAGGAAGGCGCUCUAGGAGGACUCUUGCAAAAAUCACAGAAAUCAAGAGUGAACCAGAAAGUGAGACCGAGCAACCCAAAGGCUGUGAAUUUGAUCUAAAUCAAAUUAGAUCGGAAUUGAAGGGUUUUGAUAAAGCGGUAAAAAUUGAGAUGUCAUCAACUUCUACAUCCCAAGAGCAAGAAGAAGAUGAAGAAGAGAAAAAAUCAAAUAUUAUUAAACAAGAAAAGUCUGAAUUAGAUGAAAAGAAGGCAUCACUUGACAAUGAUAGUAAAAUUUCCGACAAACAAGAAAUAUCUACUUUGCCAAUCAAGCAGGAUGUAGUUAAUACUGAAGCAGUCCCUGAAAGUACAGAAGAUAUAUAUGAAUUCAAAGAACCCGAGCCAUUUGAAUUUGAAGUACGUAAUAAGAGAGAUUCUAGUGGUAGUGAUAAGCCAGAGAAGGAUAGUAACAAAGAUUUAAAGGAUAAAUCUACUGCUGCUUCUCCUGCAUCUAUUGUAAAGAAACGUCCAGUUGAAGAUGAAUUAAAAAGUCCUAAAAAGAGACUUAAAACUUCAGUAACUUCGAGUCAAUCACCAGCAGCAGCAGCAACAACAAAAGAUAGUAAGCCUGAUAUCAAUCGAAGCGCAACGCCUGUUGAGACAAUUGUUCCUGCUGAUGCUAAAAAAAAGACGACUCGAAAAAUAUUCAAUAAAUCCGAUGAUACAGAGAGUACAGAAGGUGAAGAAAGCUUAAGUUUAACAAGUUUAUCACCAACUAAAUUUUAUCCAAGUACUAGUUAUCCUGGUGCUACAGUUAUUAGGCGACAUAAAAUUUCUACCGAAGAAGAGAUAGGAUCUAGUCACCAUGAAACUUCUACAGAAAGCACAAAAAAUAAACGUUUAUUAUUAAAUAAAACUACACCUAUUAAAGCACCAGCUGAUCAUAAAUCUGAAGAGCAAAUUGGGGAUGAAACAAAAAAGAAAAGUAUUAAACCGAAAGCGCUUGAUUUAGAUAAAGGAAACAAGGAAACCAAGGAAAUUCCAUCAUUCUAUAUUCCAGCUAAGGUAAUUGAAACCCGAGAAGAGGAACAGAAACCAUCUGUUAAAAAGAAAACGAAAACCCAAGAUCCAUCUACUGUUUUGGAAACGAAGAAAAAACAAGCAGUGGUCCGCCAGCCACCCACACGUAAGGACCGUCGCUCUAGUGAAGAAAGUGACAGCAGCAGCGAUAUUGAAAGCAUCAGCACUCGUGAUCCGUCAAAGUAUUUUUCGCAGUACUCAGGGCCCAAAACGAAAGCAGCUGCUGCUAUUGCCAGCGAGUACGAGAGCCUCAAUAAUAAGGUGGAUGCUCAGAGCGGGGAGAAACGCACUGAGCCAGUUCAGAGUAUAGAGAAGAGUCAAUCAAAUGCAACUGCAACGGUUACAAAAUCUUCAAGUGUAGAACAAAAAUCUGAACAUACAAUGAGUAGUGCCCCAGCGCCUUUAACCGUGCCUCCACCAAUAAGCGCACGUUUACCUGCUACAGCCACCAUUGAAGAAAAGCUAUCCGCAGCCGCUGUUUUUCACAGAAGACAAAUGAUUGAGUCAAAAAAGGAAGAAGAAUCAAAACAAGACCGCAAGGUAGCGAAAGAGAUUCCCAAAAAAACUCAUGGAGUUUCUUUUAACGCCACCAAAAAAGUCGAGGCUAAACUAACUCCUGAACCAGAAAAGAAAAAAGUGGAAGCACCAUUGAUAAUUCCCAUCAAAGACCCCCUUCAAGAAAUUGAAAUCCGCACGGAUCCUUUACUCGAGAUAAUGAAAAGCAAAGAAGAGGAGCUAUUAAAAGCUAAAAAAAGUAUAGAAGAGCAGAAGCCGCCAAUUAAUGUGAUAAAAACUUAUCAGCGUAAAGAGCCACCCUCAAAGCCUGAAGAAUCGUGGAAAAAGGUAACAUCUACGACAGUUAUCAGUGACCAACUAGCGGCGGUCACUAGCACAGGUCGAAAGGAGCCUUUUGUUAGCCGCAUCAAACCCCUCGAGCGAAGCGAAUCCGUUGAUUCUACCGAUAGCAGCGAUUCGGAAAGAAGGCUUACAAUUAUCGACGAAGAUUACACGGAUGAGGCAGGGCCGGAACAAUCAAAAAAAUCGAGCCAUUCGGAACAGAGUUCUUCGGUGACCACCAAUGCCCAAAGAGACUUGCAAGCUGAUAUUAUCAAUACGAUGAUGCAGACUAAACUAGUCACGAAAAUGGAUGAAGACGGCGAAAAUAUCAAUUCGUUGCUAUGUGAGGAAGAAAUACCGGGUUCACCGACACCCGGGGCAGAUAGUCAUCAUGAACAUCAGGAGAGAUCUACUUCAAGCAGUUCGCAAAAUGUAUUCAAAUCUGAUUUAGGUAGCAAAGCGGCUGUUGCGUUUGUUGCGGCCCAGUUACCGUUGACUAUUCCGUCAACAACAUCUGUUUCCACCCUCGUUAGUUCCAGCCUGGAAUCAUUAAAUGCGGGUAAUGGAAAAAGUAUUACUUCUAUAGCAUCCAACUCGCCCGUCAGUGUACUUACCACCACAUCAACUUCACAUUUGUAUGUAACGACUGUCGUAACUACAACUACUGGAUCUGCGCCGUCACCCACGCAUUCGCAUUCUAAUCAACGAAGAGAUAGUAAUGUUGAACCUAUGGAGGUUGACGUAGCACCUGUUGCGCUGGAUUUCAACAAUUCCAGUAUAACUAUUCAACGUGUUCCGACUCCCUCGUUAUCUUUGGACAGCGAUUCGAAAAAAGACAGUAUGGAAGUCGAUAAUGAUGCUCUAAGUAAAUCCGACAAUCCUUCAACGAGCACUGAAAACGUUUCCGAAGAUACUAAAAUUAAAGGAGCAAUGAAAAGAACAAGUAGUAUUACAAGUGCCGAUGAAGUUGAAAAUGUCUCGCCAAAAAAACGAGCGAAGCGUACGGGAGUUCAGCAGACAAGUUUAUCGGGAUCUGUAAAAAAAUCACCGAGACAGAAUUCAAAAAAUCGAAGAUCUACAACCAGAAGUGAUACUGAUGACUCAGAUGAAGAGCAAGCAACUCCUCAAGUUCCAAGGUAUAUUCGAGGUGUACUUACCAAUACAACAGUGGUACCACCAAGAAAAUUACCAGAGCCUACAAAUUAUAACAAGUCACCUCGUAAGUAUUCUCCUGAAUUUGAUAGUAAUGCAAGAAUAGCUUAUUUAAAUAAACAAUUAAGCGGGACUAUAAAAGAAUAUAAUGAGUACAAAACUGUAAAUAUUAAAGUUGACCGUAUUAGAAGAAAACUGAAAAAGAAGAAGUCUCGUGAAGGUCCAAAAAGCAAAGAUGAUAGCGAGCAAUCUGCGCCAACUCAAUAAAGUACUCAAUCCUAGAUUUGUUUAAUUAAAUUAUAAUUAUUGUACAUAUAGAUAAGUAAAAAGAUUUUUAAUGAAAAGCUUUUAUACAAAUCAUAUUUACCAUACAAAUAUUAAAAUAUGGUAUAAGAUUGAAAAA